AGAAACUCCUGCCAUCCGACAGAGAAGUGAUUGUGAAACUUGCUGAAGUGGCUUUCAAACAGCUGAUGAAGGGCAAUGUGAUGUUCUAUGAGGAGGACCUGAUUGAGAGCGGCAUAGACGUCACUGACGCCUCGGUGUAUUCUGAGAUCUUUAAGCAGGAAUCUGUGAUUCAUCAGAGGAAAGUCUACAGCUUCAUUCAUCUGAGCGUUCAGGAGUUUCUCGCUGCUCUCUAUGUAAUUGACUGCUAUUUAAUGAAGAGCAUGGAGCCACUGCAGUUCUUUCUGCAUGAAUUCAGAUCUUACAGAUUUAAUGUCUCUCUGUAUAAUCUACUGAGAUCAGCAGUGAAUAAAGCUCUCAAGAGUAAGAAUGGACGUCUGGAUCUGUUCCUGCGGUUCCUGCUGGGCGUCUCACUGGAGUCCAAUCAGAGACUCUUACAGGAUCUACUGACACACACACAGAACAGCUCAAGGAGCAUCAGAGAAACCACACAGGACAUUAAAGAGAUGAUCAAAGAUGCACAUGAUAGUUAUCGUCUCUCAGCUGAUGAGUCGAUCAAUCUGUUCCUCUGUCUGCUGGAAGUGAAAGACCAGACUCUGUUCAGAGAGAUUCAGGAGUUUGUGAAAUCAGACAAACACUCAGAGAAGAAACUCUCUCCUCCUCGCUGCUCAAUAAUCGCUUACAUGAUUCAGAUGUCAGAGGAGCCUCUGGAUGAACUGAACCCAAUGAGAUACAACACAUCAGCUGAGGGGAGAAGAAGACUGAUACCAGCUGUGAUCAACUGCAGGAAAGCCCUACUUUCUGGCUGUGGUCUCUCAGAUCAGCAUUGUGAAAUUGUGUCUUCAGCUCUACAAUCCUCAGACUGUGUCCUGAGAGAGCUGGAUCUGAGCAACAAUGACCUGCAGGACUCUGGUGUAAAGUUUAUUUCUGAUGGACUGAAGAGUCCAAACUGUCAGCUGCAGAUACUGAGGUUGUCAAGCUGUAUGGUGUCAGAGGAAGGCUGUGGUUAUUUGUCUUCAGCUCUGAGUUCAAACCCCUCACACCUGAGAGAGCUGGAUCUGAGCUACAAUCACCCGGGACCAUCAGGAGUCCAGCUGCUCAAACACAAACUGGAGGAUCCAGACUAUAAACUACAGAUACUCAAUUUAGCUCAUGGAGGAGAGAUCAGGAUGAGAGCAGGACCACGAAAGUGGGCCUGUGAUCUCACACUGGAUCCAAACACAGCAAACACUCGACUCGUGCUGUCUGAUGAGAACAGGAGGAUCACACAUGAGUAUGAGCAUCAGCAGUAUCCCGAUCAUCCAGAGAGAUUUGAUGAUGUUCCUCAGGUUCUGUGUGUUGAGACUCUGACUGGACGCUGUUACUGGGAGACUGAAUGGAGCGGAGAUAAUGCUGAUAUAUCAGUCUCAUAUAAAGGAAUCAGCAGGAAAGGAGUGAGAGAAGGCUGUAUGUUUGGAUGGAAUGACAAAUCCUGGAGUCUGGAUUGCUCUGAUGACAGAUUCACUGUCUGGCACGAUAAAAACAGCACAGAAAUACCUGCUGACGCUUCAUCCUCUAAGAGAGUAGGAGUGUAUGUGGACGUGUCGGCCGGCUCUCUGUCCUUCUACAGCGUCUCUGACACACACACACUCACACACUUACACACACUCAACACCACAUUCACUGAACCCCUCUGUGCUGGAUUUACAGUUUAUUAUGAAUCCUCAGUGUCUCUGUGUGAUAUUAAACAAUAGAGAGACUCUGGAAAUCCUCUUUCUGAUGUUCAAACGCACACAAAUCUCACAUUAUGUUUGCACUUAUUUAUUUAUUUUUCAUCUACAAGUUAUAAAUCUAGAUCAGACACAGAUACUGUUUUGAUACUGUUUUGAAUCUUUAAUAAACAGAGUAAUAAAGUUGCUUUAAUAUGUACA